AUCCAAUAUGUCUUUCUGUCAAAAAUUGUCUGCCGCUUGCCACAUGUCAGUUAAUAAUUAUUGUGGUUUUACUAUAUUUUACUAAAAUUUUAUCGCAAAACAAUCACGUAAAAUGAAACCCCUUAUGCUCCAAGGGCACGAGCGUGCCAUCACACAGAUCAAAUAUAACCGUGAGGGUGAUUUACUGUUCUCCGCGGCUAAAGAUGCGAAGCCAAAUGUAUGGUGGUCUCUGAACGGAGAACGCCUCGGGACUUUCAAUGGGCACGGUGGUGUAGUAUGGUGCCUAGAUGUAGACUGGCAGACCAUAAACCUGAUCACCGGUGGAGGUGACAGUUCAUGCAGACUGUGGGACUUGGAGACUGGCAAAAACAUAGCCACAAUUAAGACAAACUCGUCUGUGAGGACUUGCAACUUCAGCUACAGUGCCUACCAGGCCGCUUACACUACUGAUAAGGCUAUGGGACACCCUUGUGAGGUGUUUGUUAUUGACACAAGAACUGUUGAUGACUCUAUCUCCAGCCAGGCUCCUAUCUUGAAGUGGGAGAUCACAGACUCCAAGGUGACAUCCAUGGUGUGGGGUAUCCUGGAUGAGACCCUCAUCACUGGUCAUGAAGCUGGAGACAUCAUUCAGUGGGAUUUGAGGACUGGCAAGAAAAUUCACUCUAUUAAGGAGCACACGCACCAAAUUAACGACAUGCAGCUGUCACGAGAUGGCACCAUGUUCAUUACAGCCUCCAAGGAUCAGACUGCCAAGCUCUUUGACACUAGCUCCUUGGAACUCCUGAAGGAGUACAAAACCGAGAGGCCGGUGAACUCAGCUGCCCUUAGCCCCAUCCUAGACCAUGUGGUACUUGGAGGAGGUCAAGAUGCUAUGGAAGUAACCACCACCUCCACCCGCCAGGGUAAAUUCGACGCUAGAUUCUUCCAUUUGGUAUUUGAAGAAGAGUUUGGUCGUAUCAAGGGACAUUUCGGUCCUAUUAACAGUUUAGCAUUCCACCCUGAUGGCAAGAGCUACGCGUCUGGUGGUGAAGACGGUUACGUACGAGUUCAGAGCUUCGAUCAGUCUUACUUUGACUAUACUUUUGAUUACAACAGGGAUUGAGUUAAUAUAAGCAGGAAGGUAUUAUAAUAAAGUUAAAACAAUAUUGUAAAUGUCAAUAAAACAAUUUGUAAUAAAUGGUCAAA